AGCGAGCGCUCUUGUACGCCCGCUCGGCGGCGGCCGGUCAGUGUCGCGCGCGCCUCCGUCCGAGUCAGACCGCUCCCGACCGCUGCCCGCCGUCCGUCGUCAUGGCCUGGUCGACAGUCGAGGAGGCCCUCGGCCUGAAGGAGAUGGUCCGUAACCGGGACCUGUGGAAGGCGCUGCUGGCUGAGUUCCUCGGUACGAUGCUGCUGACGCUCAUCGGCUGCUUCAGCACCAUCGGCUGGGCGGAGGGAGAUGCCAAGGAUCCCUACAUGCCGUCUAUGGUGCAGAUCGCGCUGGCGUUCGGUAUCACCGUGGCUACACUGGCCCAGAGUAUCGGUCACAUCAGCGGAUGCCACAUCAACCCGGCGGUGACGAUGGGCAUGCUGGUGGCGCGUCAGGUCAGCCUCAUGAGGGCCUUCUUCUACAUUGUCGUCCAGUGCAUCGGAGCCAUCGUCGGCUCGGCGCUGCUCAAGGCUCUGACCCCGGAGGACGUACAGGGCUCUCUGGGAAUGACCACCGUCAACCCCAAGCUGACGGCGUUCCAAGGCUUCGGCGUCGAGCUGUUCAUCACGUUCGUGCUCGUGUUCGUCGUGUUCGGCGUGUGUGACGAGGGCCGUGAUGACGUCAAGGGCUCGGCACCGCUGGCCAUCGGUCUCUCCAUCACCGGCUGCCACCUGGGAGCGAUCAAGUACACCGGCUCGUCCAUGAACCCGGCCCGCACAUUCGGGCCGGCUGUGGUGACCGGCAUCUGGGCUAACCACUGGGUGUACUGGGCGGGCCCUCUGGCCGGUGGCAUCAUCGCCGGCCUCGUCUAUACGCAUGCCUUCCGCGCCCGCCACAUGGCUGUCGAGGCGGUCGAGUUGACCGAGGUGAAGCCACAGCGCGCCAGCAAAUAGGCGCUGGCCGUGCAGGUUUACUGGCUGGGACCGAUCUUCGGUGGGUGUCUGGCCGCCAAGAUCUACAAGGACAGUUUCCUGGCCUGCAAGCUGGCGCCUCCUCUCCACAGCAGUGUGCGAGCCAUCCGUGUGGAGGAGCCCGAGCCGGCCACUGUGGCUAUGCCGCCGGAGAAGACGGUUCUCCUGGACGAUGUGGAUGGAAAGGUGGACGAUUCGAAACCCUCCGACCCCGAGAGGACGACCGAUAUCUAGGCUGUCGCCGCGAGAGAGAAUGGUGGGCGUUGGCGUGGGUUAUUGGCAUCGUCCUAAAAACGCAUUUGUGGGACAGUGUUUGGCAUGUUUACAUAUCUGGAUGCUGAACAGUUGACGUUGAAGAUCAGGCGAAUUGCCAGAUUGCUAGUUGCGUAAGGUACCAUCGAGUGUGUCUAUUUAUUUGGAAUCUUAUUUGUAGGCAGUCGGUAGCUUGUUUAUAUAUUUAUCGUGGCGACUAACAACAUCUAGCAAAAUAAUAACUUUUAUAAUUGGAAUAAGAACACGUUACCCUUUACGAAAUGAAACUUACAUUCUGUCGUAAGAAGCACGUAUAUGCUUCCAAAGUAGCUUUUUCAGAGUCACGAGUUGACUUCUGCAAUGUGCACAAACACCAUAUAUGACUUAUCAAAUGUUCCGUGGAAUGGCAGCUUCCACACUGACUUUUCAAUAAUCCGCUUUCUUGUGAAUCCGGGUAUCUUAACAGGCCGAUGCAGCGCGUGCCUUAAGUAAUGACAGAGAAUGUGUAACAUACUCUGAAUUAAACGGUUUGAAAAUGGUUCGGAUGCGCCUUGUGCUGCUUUGUUCAUUGUCGUGAGUGCUUUGUCGUGGUUUACCGCUAUAAACCGAAAUUUGAGCAUUGUACACAUUACGCCGAGAACAGAAUUGUAUGUAACCGCACUACACGAGUAGUAAUUAGACACACAAAACUGAGCAGGCAGGUAUUGUGGGCCUGGAGUGUGGGCGGCGGGGUAUGCGGCUGGCUGGAUGUGAAUGUGGUGUCUUCAAGCAUUGUGUGGUAGGACUAAAUCGGCAAAGAAAACGGCUUUUAUUGACGUAAUUGUCUAGUAAAUCCACUCGAUGCUCACAUUUACGGAGUAUUUCGUCGCCUUUCUAUGGAGUAUUAUAUUCGGCUGGAAUAGCUAAGCUCCUUGUGUUUGAAUGCAUAUAUCCAGUGAGUCUGAAGCUUUUGUGGGGUUAGACGCUAGUCCGGUCUCCUCGGGUCACACAACAAUUCCAGGUGACUUUUGUUAGCUCCGCUAAGCUAUGCUAGAUAGAGUGCGUAGGGUAUCGUGCGUAUGAACUACGUAGGGUGGAGUGUGUGGUGGUUUUUUGUCUGGCCGGUCAUGCUUUACAGUCUCUGGAUAGGCUGUCGUGUGUUUAGUUUAACUUUGCUCGCGUGUACAGGCGUUUUUUGUUUGUGCAGCACUUUCUCCACCGGUCAUGUUUGUAUUGGCGAAACGCGUCUGUAUUUAGGGAUGUACAGAACUGCUGAUUCCCUCGUGCAUGCAGUGUUCGCGUUCAGGAAAUACAUGUAUCCGUAUAA